AUGCUGCCGGAUACGGAUAUGCUGUCCACCAAAGCGGACGCUCUCUUUGCCAAGGCGCAGGACGCCUCGGCCCUGCGGAGGUGUUCGACGCUGAGGCUAAAGGAGCGCUGGAGGGCCUCAAAGCCGCUCUUAGGCAAGGAGCGCCGGACGGCCGCGAAGCCCGCUCUUAAGCUUCCUCAGUCUGCCACGCAACGAAUAGUGGUAUGCCUCGACAACAUCGCGGCUGCCGCAUGCCUACGAGGCAAACCCUUCGACUCGUCGCAGACGGUCUUCUUGACAUUUCAGGCCCUAGCGAAGACACACCGAAAGACCGAAGUCCGCUGGAUACCCGGACACACCAAGAUUCAAGGAAAUGAACAAGCCGACAUCUUGGCGAAGACGGGAUGCGCCCAACCCGAACCCGCAGACGCAGUCCCAACACCGGCCUUCUUGCGAAAGACCGCUAGACAGCGGUCCAAAAUUGCAGUCCAAGCCUGGUGGGAUGCUUCUGCACCCGAUAAGUAA